AUGACAUUGUACACAAAAAGAAAAGUUACUGAGAUCAAGAAUAUUGCUAGUAGAGGUGAUGUCAAACUAUGGUUAAAUCAACUUAAUAGAGUUAUAAAGUUGAAUGUAGAUUCAAUUCUAAGUGUAUUUGAUUAUUUAGAAAAGAAAAAUCAAUCAAUCAAUAACAGUAUUAGUAAUAGUAAUAAUAAUAAUAAUAAUAAUAAUGAAAACAGUAAUAAUACAAAUCAAAUAAAUAUAAUUGAAUAUGCAAUUGAAUUGGUAAAAUAUAUAUGUAAUAUAACGAUCAAUGUAAAAUACAGUAAUCAAGAAAAGUCUGAUUUUCUUAAUAAUCUAUUACCACCGUUACUCGAGAGAUACUACUUUGGUACCGCUGCCACCUGCCAAUCUACCAGGUUGCUCUUCAUCGAUGGAAUACACUCGACUAUACUUGCCAAUUGGUAUAAACAUCAGAGAUGGUCAUUGUCUGCCAUUACACUCCCGCAUACACUCAUAGAGAUAUUAGAGAUUGACAACGAACAUAGAUAUGCCGCCGAUUCAUCACUAUCCAAUAACAACAACAAUAAUUAUUAUAAUAGCAUUAUCAACAUACUACCUUAUCAUAUAAUAAAGAAUAUAUUGUGGAAGUUCUUUGCUGAUACUUGUUUGCCUGUAAAGUGGAAGAUUGGUAUACUACCGUUGGUAUCAUGGCAAUUCUUUAAUAUGAUUUCCGACUUUGUUUUACAAGCGAACAGCUCAACAUUGCUGAGUUUACACAUUGACUAUUCAGCGAUAAGGCUAUCGCCUAAAAAUCAAGAGAUACAGAAAUACAUUGAGAAAGAACUACAUCCAAAGUACAGCUGUACCUACGGUUCGACAGUGACUCGCUCCUCGGUCUACAUUCAUCAAGUUCAAAAAUACAACGAACCAGAGAUGUCCACGAUGAUCAAGAUCAGACAGCUGCUACCAAAGAUAUCGAUAUACGAAAUCAAUUACGGACUGUUUGAAGCACGCCACUUGGUGCUGGAGCUACGGAGUCUUGCUGACAGUGUCGACCAUAUCGCAAGUCAGAUCUACUGCUUUAUGAAGUCGGCGCAACCCAAGUGUAUACCUUCGCGAAUCGACAUCAAGUUGCUAACGAGCCGAGAGAUCUUUUGGUCGAUAAUCAAAGGCAUCGUAGUGAGCUAUCUCAAUGAGCUAUUCCAGUGUCUGCAUUCGCAGUUCUACCUGACAGGAGUUGCCACUAUCACUCUCUACCUUGCACUCGGUGACUCUUGGGAUAAACCGACCAUCGACAUACCGCUACUCAACAAAACCUACAUCGCCAACAACCAUAUCGAUGCAUUAUCAUUCGUACCAUCGAAAUAUUAUACACAUUUAAACAGGGAGGUUUAUGGUGAGCUCUUGGAAGUCAGAGAACACAUUGAACAAAACAAAACCAAGAAUCAAACAAACACAAAUUAA